ACUUUAAAGUGGAUUAGGUUUAAAAUUGGAGGGCAAAUCUCCUGACAUUAAUCACUACUACUAAGUGUUUGAAGGUUUUCGUUUUCUUUUGUUAUCUCGGAAACCAAGUGUUGAACUUUCAUUAGGAGUGAAUAUAUUUUUCCUAUAAUGUUUCAACACACAAUUAUUGUUCCCCAAAAGUGUGUGUGUAUAUAUAUAUUCCAACAUCAGAAAAAUCUGAACCGUUCAUCCUUGUGCAUCUCUUGUUGUCAUUUGGUCCAGCUGAUAUGUGGCUCAGGAGUUAUGAUCAGUUCCGAGGUUUACGUUACACAACUUAUAACGGCACAGACUAUUCCGUUGCGAUGCGCAGAUACAAACAUUUCCGUUAUUAAUUCGUGCCGGUAUAUUUUCUUCCGUUAUGCGGAGCCGAUAUGUUGAAGCGAUACCGAGGUUUAUUAGGGCUCCGAGUCACGCAACCUCCGUUUUCCGAUGGACCGAUGGAUGGGGAGAGAGGCGGGAAGGUAUAAAGAAGAGAAGAGAGAGCCACUUCGCCCUCCAAAGCCUACCCAUAGUUUGACCCUCCGUAGAAUACAUCGGGGAUUAGGGCCCGGAAGUGGGGGGUUUUAGGAGGAGAAAGCGAGGAUGCCGAUGGACGCGGCGGUGUUGGAUGAUAUCAUAGGGCGGCUUCUGGUGGCCAAGGGGGUGCAGGCGGCCAAGAGCGCGCGGGUGACGGAUGCGGAGAUCCGGCAGCUCUGCGUCGCGUCGAAGGAGAUCUUUGUCAGGCAGCCCAAUCUGCUGGAGCUCGAGGCCCCCAUCAAGAUUUGCGGAGAUAUUCAUGGUCAGUACACUGAUCUUCUUCGGCUUUUUGAAUAUGGUGGAUACCCACCACAUGCAAAUUAUUUGUUCCUUGGGGACUAUGUUGAUCGUGGUAAGCAGAGCAUAGAAACUAUAUGCCUGCUCCUUGCAUACAAGAUUAAGUACCCAGAGAACUUCUUCCUUCUAAGGGGUAACCAUGAAUGUGCUUCCAUUAAUCGUAUAUAUGGUUUUUAUGAUGAGUGCAAGAGGAGAUACAACGUUCGCCUAUGGAAAGUCUUUACCGAUUGUUUUAACUGCCUCCCGGUUGCGGCACUUAUUGAUGAAAAGAUACUCUGUAUGCAUGGGGGUCUAUCUCCCGAAUUGAAGAGCUUGGACCAGAUUCGAAAUAUUGCUCGUCCACUGGAUGUUCCAGACCAAGGUCUGCUUUGUGACUUGCUAUGGUCAGACCCUGACAAAGAUAUUGAGGGCUGGGGAGAGAAUGAUAGAGGUGUCUCUUAUACUUUCGGGCCAGACAAAGUAGCUGAGUUUCUUCGGAAGCAUGAUCUAGAUCUCAUCUGCCGUGCCCACCAGGUUGUGGAAGAUGGCUAUGAAUUCUUUGCAAAGCGCCAGCUGGUGACAAUAUUCUCUGCCCCAAACUAUUGUGGGGAAUUUGAUAACGCUGGUGCUAUGAUGAGUGUAGAUGACACUUUGACAUGCUCGUUUCAAAUUCUUAAACCAGCUGAUAAGAAGAAGGGAUUCGGAAAUAAUUUGUUAAAACCAGGAACACCUCCUAGAAAGGGAUAUGUGGUCAUAUGAGGUGGGUUCUACAUUUGGGACCUCGAGAAGCUUGCUGAAUGGCAAUCAAAUUUCCGGGACUGCACGGUGCUCCAGGAGUGCGAGUUUAAGAGAGAAUCUGACACACUAAAAGACCAAUCCAACUUUGCCCCGAUGCCAAAUGUGUGUAGUAAAUUUAGCCAGAGGUGACAAUGUGAUGUUUAGUGGCCUUGUAUAUCUCCAUCCCAACUUGUCCGUGGUCCUUGAAAGGUGUUUGUUUCCUGUUGAAAUUUUAGGUCAUUUUCCUGUUGGAGUCUUUAAAUCUUGGAUUUAUCUACCUUUUUUUCCCUUUA